UAGCGUAGAUUGUGUACAGGGCUGUAGCUUAUGAGUGAUAGGGAGGAACAGCAACCGGAUGACCGGAUCUUGCGAUCGGCAAGGCGCCCAGUAGCCCAUUUGGCAUUAGGACUAGAGGACGACAGACAUCUGUUCCGCCAGCUUAGGGAGAGGCAGCAGCAGCAGCGGAGGGCUAGAGCAGCAGAGCCUAGCAGGGCACUUGUGAGUGAAGCCGCAGCUUCAGAAGCCAUGGCCACCGCAGCGCAACAGUCCACUCAGGCCGGUAGUUCAAGGUCUGUUGGGUCAAUGGUCGCGCAGACCCAGAGUCAGUCCACUGGUGUCAUGGCGAGCCAGCCACUGGUGUUAACUCCCAAUGAGAUCGCCAUACAACAAGCAGCAAUUCAGGAGGCACAGCUACAGAAGGCGUUAGGAGAAAUAAAAGUGGAGAAAGACAGAAUGAUUAAAAGAAGAGCCAGGAUGCAACAUAGACAAGCGGACGUUAGCGAGUUAGAGGAGAUGGACCUGACGAACGUGACUGAUGAUGUGAGACUCGUACGGUCUCUCCUGCUGAAUGUAGUUGAGAUGACUGAUGAUGUGAGACUCAAGUUGGCUAAGUCCACCUAUGAGAAGAAACUCUAUGCGGUUUACAAGGCUCUGACCCAUUGGACGCACUAUCUCCUUGGGAGGUUCUUCAUCCUCAGGACUGAUCAUCAGACCCUGAGAUGGAUGAGAACUCAGCCUGUACUCUCUGACGCCCUCAAGCGUUGGAUCGAAGUCAUACAACAAGGUGUUGAUGCCUUGUCGCAUAGACCUGAUUUCUUAGGCGCGCUGAUUACUGAGUUCGAUCUGACGGACAGUGUUACUCAGUCUUUGGUGGAAGCCUAUCGCGAGGAUCAGUUCAUGUCUGAGAUCAUACGCAGACUUGAGGCGAAGGACAAGAAGACUUCUGCCGUGUUUGAAAUGGUCAAUGGCUUGCUGUUCCUUGAGAAGGAAGGGAAUAAACGAUUGUGUGUCCCAAAUAGCGAGUCUUUGCGUAGUUUGUUCUUAGGUGAGUGCCAUGAUGCCACCGGCCAUUUUGGGUACAAGAAGACCGCAGCCAAUCUGCUGCAGCGUUUCUGGUGGCCCACGAUGAUGCAAGAUGCCCAGCUGUACGUGGAGACUUUUCAAGUUUGUCAAAGGGACAAGCCACGCACUCAGGCUCCUCUUGGGCUCUUGAAGCCCCUUCCGAUUCCGGAACGGCCUGGUGAGAGUCUGUCCAUGGAUUUCAUGGAUACUCUAAUCACCAGCAAGAGUGGGAUGCGUCACAUCUUCGUCAUCGUGGAUAGAUUUAAGUUUGCCUACAGAAAUGAACAGAGAAUGCAGCAGGCGGUAGAGCAGAUGCAGAAGGCACAGGCAGCAAUGAUAGAGUUUGAGAACAGACACCGCCGACCUUCUACCUUUCAGGUUGGGGACAGAGUUUGGGUAAAGUCCUCAGAACUGGGACAGGAGUACGGGAUUUCCCGUAAACUCAUGCCACAAUACUUUGGACCAUGGGAAGUCUUAGAUAUUGUCGGGACUGAUCCAGAUGGGCCAUCUUAUGUAAUCCGAAUCCCAGGUCAUCUUCGUACUUACCCCGUCUUUCACGCCUCCAAACUUGCACCAUUCAAAGAAACUGAUCAGUUUCCAUCUCGCCGCUCAAUGCUGCCCCCAACCAUGGAUGGAGAGGUGGACAUCGAUGAUAUCGUGGACCACACAGAGCUGCAGUUAUCAAGACCAACAGGCAGGGGACGUCCUCCCAAAUCGAAGCUGCAGUACCUCGUUCGGUUCCAACUUCAUACUGAUCCCAAGGAGGACCGAUGGUUUACCAGGGAUGAACUCAUGCAGACCGCUCCACAAGUGGUAGCCCACUAUGAGAAAUCUCUGCAGAAAGGAAAGCGCCCGAUGGUCGAAGACUGAGCUUCUUAGAGGACUGUUGAAGCCAAGGAGGAGGGAAUGCGAGGCCACUGCCUCUACGAGCCCCAUUCAG